GUUAAAGGUAGUAAGAAUUUUCGCGUGUGGAUUUGUAUUUUUUUUUUAAAACUUGAACAAAAUUGAUUUUAAUAUUAAGAGAUACCUGUAGUUGGAAAUAAAACUGCAUAACAGAAUUGCAUUGCAAUGGCAAGAGGAAAGGCGAAAACCUCUGUCCCCAGUAAAGGUAAACCCGAAGACGCUACUCGGACCACAGAGGAAAAAGGAACAAAGGAGAACACGCCCGAAAUGAACCGGGAUAUCAUUUUAAAUGGCCAGCCUUCAAUACGCAGUUUCUUGAGUCCAAGCAAGUCUGGUAAUACACGCUGCCCACUUCAAGAUGAAAACUCUACCACUCCUAGUAAUGAAGCAAGGUGUCUAGGAAAAUGUGCUGUAAAAAAUGAAAUACAGAAGCAAGACCAAGAUAAAAAGAAAACUGUAAAUGCUGACGCUACUAAAUUUGAAGAGAAGGAAGCAAAACAGUGUAACGGAGCAGUGGCUGUCAUUGCAAGUGAAAGAGAAUGUGUAGCUGCUUCUGUACACUCCAAGGCAGACUUCUCUACACAAAACAGUGAUGACCGAUCCAAUGUGAAAAAAGAGACUCCGCGCAAGGUCAAAGUAAAACAGUCAGGACGGAGAGGAGCUGAGAGCAAAGGUUCCCAAAACCGGAAAGUAACAGACUAUUACCCAAUCAGAAGAAGCUCCAGGAAAAGCAAAAGAGAGUUGGAGUUUGAGGAAAAGAAACAUAUUGAUGAAUUAAUCACAUGUGGGAUAGAAGAUGGGAUGAAGGUUGAACACAUUGAAGGAAAAGGGAGGGGCGUGUUUGCUACUAAACAUUUCCAGAAAGGAGAGUUUGUAGUGGAGUAUCACGGAGACCUUAUUGAGUUUACAGAUGCUAAGAAAAGAGAAGGAAUGUAUGCACAAGACCCCACAGCUGGCUGCUAUAUGUACUACUUCCAAUACCUGACUAAAACAUACUGUGUGGAUGCUACAAACGAAACUGGUCGUCUUGGACGGUUAAUAAACCACAGUAAAAACGGAAACUGUCAAACCAAACUUCACGACAUUAACGGAAUACCUCACCUGAUACUUGUUGCCUCUCGUGAUAUAGGAAAAAACGAGGAGUUGCUUUAUGAUUACGGCGACAGGAGCAAAGCUUCACUAGAAGCGCACCCCUGGCUCAAACAUUGACGUACCCUCACGCUGUAAUCCAAUAUGUUUAUGAAGGGAAUGUGCGAAUGAUUUUACAUACUUUAAAGAAUUGGACCAUUUUAAAAUCUUCCUACAUUGCAUUUUGCGGAUUUAAAUUAUAAAAAAAAAAAAAAAGCAAUCUUAAAUGAUAGUCCGUGGUCAUCAGUACUUUUUUUAUAUUCAUGCUACAUUUCAAAGUGUUUUGUAUACAGAUAGGACAAGUGCUUCCAGAGCAUGCAGUUGUACAGGACUAGUGCUUUUUUUUUUUUUUUUUUUUUUUUUUUAAAUAGAUACAAAUGUAGUUGAGGGACAAGAUAACCAUAUGCUUAGCAAUAAAUAAUUAUUUAUGGUACUAGAGUAAGAUGUUACAGAAACUUCCAUGAAAUGCUAAUGAAUGCAUACAUACUCCAUUUAAAAACUGGAAAGUGACUUUUUUUGUCAAGUGUAGUUUUAAAAACUUGAAAAACCUUUUGUACCUCUUAAUACACAAAACCUAUUAAAUGUUCACAUCCAAAUGCUUCAUGUAAAAGUAUUUAAAUAAAUCUGUAUGCUGGCUUUUGGAAGCAA